AUGGAGUACAUUGAGCUGGGUCAUAUGAAGUACAUUGGAUUGGCGGAUGACUCAAGAUUGGAUGAAGGCAAAACUGUGUACUAUCUUCCACACCAUCCUGUAUUCACGGAAACAAGCUCUGCAACGAAGACACGUGUGGUCUUCGAUGGAUCAGCGAAAACUUCCACGAACUAUUCGCUCAACGAAGCUCUACUUACGGGGCCAACUAUUCAAGACGAAUUACUUGAACUAAUGAUUCGGUUCCGGAAACAUGCCAUUGCCCUAGUGGCGGACGAUGCAAAAAUGUAUCGUCAAAUUCGGAUCCAUGAUGACGAUAAACCGUUCCAAUGA